CUCUUGAGUCUUGACCCUUGAGCAACAAACAAAUCGAAGCUGCUCCAGGUGUGUUGAGCAAGACUCCCUAUUUAUUUAUGCACAAAGUGCCUGGCGACCAGACCAAAAAUCCAACCUCUCUCUCUUCUCUCCCCCUCUCUCAAACACGCAUUUCAUGCAAAAGCUCAGCUAGGGUUUUGGUUUCCUCGACGCCAUGGCUUUUCAAGGGAAGAAGCUCAUCAACGACCCCAAAGAUGUUGUGACUGAGUUCAUCGAGGGACUUGUAGAAACGUAUCCUGGUUUGCAGUUUUUAGAUGGUUUCCCUGAGGUGAAGGUUGUAUUACGUGCUGAUGUUUCGAGUUCAACAUAUGAUAAAGUUGCAAUUAUAUCAGGAGGUGGAAGUGGUCAUGAGCCUGCACAUGCUGGAUUCGUGGGGGAGGGGAUGCUGACAGCAGCUAUUUGCGGAGAUGUUUUUGCCUCUCCACCAGUUGAUUCAAUUCUAGCUGGCAUCCGUGCUGUAACUGGUCCUAUGGGAUGUCUUCUAAUUGUCAAGAAUUAUACUGGUGAUCGUUUAAAUUUUGGUUUGGCUGCUGAGCAAGCAAAAUCUGAAGGUUAUAAAGUGGAGACCGUAAUUGUUGGGGAUGAUUGUGCUUUGCCUCCACCUCGUGGUAUAGCUGGACGGAGAGGAUUGGCUGGGACUAUUCUCGUUCAUAAGGUUGCUGGAGCUGCUGCUGCUGCUGGCCUUUCCCUUGCUGAAGUUGCUACUGAAGCAAAAUGUGCAUCAGAAAUGGUUGGAACAAUGGGUGUUGCCCUAUCUGUUUGCACACUUCCUGGACAGGUUACAUCAGAUCGUUUGGGUCCUGGGAAAAUGGAACUUGGCCUUGGAAUUCAUGGUGAACCUGGUGCUGCGUUGGCUGACAUUCAGCCUGUGGAUGUGGUGGUUUCUCAUGUUCUUAAUCAAAUACUCUCACCAGAAACAAACUAUGUUCCCAUUACACGAGGUAAUAGAGUGGUCCUUAUGAUCAAUGGGUUAGGAGCCACCCCUGUAAUGGAGCUAAUGAUUGCAUCAGGCAAAGCAGUGCCGAAAUUGCAGCUAGAACAUGGACUGGCCGUUGAUAGAGUGUACACAGGGUCAUUUAUGACAUCUCUUGAUAUGGCAGGUUUUUCAAUAUCCAUCAUGAAGGCAGAUGAAACUAUUUUGCAACGGCUUGAUGCUGCAACUAAGGCUCCAUCUUGGCCUGUUGGCGUUGAUGGUAAUCAUCCACCUGCCAAGAUUCCUGUUCCAGUGCCACCAUCUCGGUCAAGAAAGAGUGAUGAGUCAUUAAGUCGACCACCACAACUUAAUCAACAAGGCCAGAUUCUUGAGGCAGCUAUUGAAGCAGCAGCAAACGCAGUUAUAAAUCUUAUGGACAGUCUGAAUGAAUGGGAUGGCAAAGUAGGUGAUGGUGACUGUGGAUCAACAAUGUCUAGAGGUGCAACGGCAAUUCUGGAGGACAUCAAAAACUAUCCUCUGAAUGAUGCUGCAGAAACAGUGAACGAAAUUGGAUCAUCUAUUAGAAGAGUUAUGGGAGGAACUAGUGGAAUCUUAUAUGAUAUAUUUUGUAAGGCAGCAUAUGCACAGUUGUCAGCAAGCUCCCAGUCAGUUGUGACAGCAAAACAAUGGGCUGAAGCACUUGAAGCUUCCAUUGCUGCAGUCAGUAAAUAUGGCGGAGCUAGUGCUGGUUAUCGCACAUUGUUAGAUGCCCUCAUUCCAGCAUCAUCAAUGCUUCAGGAGAGGUUAAAUGCUGGGGAUGUUCCUUACACUGCUUUUGUCCUCUCGUCAGAAGCAGCAGUGGUUGGGGCUGAGUCAACCAAGGACAUGCAGGCACAGGCUGGGCGUUCAACCUAUGUAUCUGGGGAGAUCCUUUCAUCAGUUCCAGAUCCUGGUGCAAUGGCUGCAGCUUCAUGGUACAGAGCAGCAGCUUUAGCUGUCAAGGACAAAUACGGCGCUUCCUCAUGAGCCAAUGCUCUAGCCCCUCACGCAAUUACUGCUGCUUUUUAGCUGCAGAUUAACCAAAGUUUUGUUCAUGAUUUUACGGUAGUCUAACUAGUUAGGCUCUCCGCUUAUGCUUUUUUUGCUUAAAGCUGAGAGAGCGCGUUUGGCCCUAAGUUAACAUGAGUACAGAAAAUGACUAUUGGGAAUAACAUGCAUUCAAAUCCGAGCAUAUGAUUGUACUGUUUCAGAGUACAGAAUAUGAUAUUUAAUGGUCCAUGUCAGAUCAUUUUUUGU